AUGGCUCACAAGCACUCCAACAACGACAAUGAUUCUUCUCCAUCAAAAGAUUCUUCACCAUCUAAAUCGGACAAGGACCCUCCUGAUGAUGAUUCAGCUCCAUCACCAAAAUCUCAUCAUUCAGAUUCUCCCGAAAGUGCUCCGUCUCCGUCGCCGCCGCAGCAUCGGUCAAAGCCUCCACCUCCACCACCAUCACCAUCACCACCACCACCACCCUUACCCUCUCCACCGCCACCAUCAGCACCACCUCCCUCUCAACCAGCAUACUCUCCACCACCACCCUCGCCAUCGCCACCACCACCACCACGGCCGUCGUUGCCGCCAACUUUGAACGAUGUCAACUCUUCCUCUCCUCGUAAACUGUCACCACCACCGCCACAGAUACAAGCCCCACCUCCCCCUGAGAGAUUUUCUUCUCCAACUUCACGUAGUGCACCCUCCAAUUAUUCAACCAAUGGAAUAUCUGAAAACUCACCAAACAAAUCACCCCUCGCCCCAGGGUCAAACCGUCAAGCCAUGCACGGUGGUGGUGGCAGUGGCGGUGGUGGUGACUCUUAUGCAAAUUCAAGGGGUUCUUCUCCUGGCUCCUCCUCCGGUGACAAUGCAGGCAAAUAUAUUGGAUAUACCCUCGCUGGGGUUUUCGUUGUUGCCUUAGUUGCUGUAGUUGUUAUUUUCACCUUUAGGAGGAAGAAAACAAAAGAUGUCUAUGGUGCACCCUAUAUGCCACCCCCUAAUAAUAUCCUUCGUGUAAAUUCAGGUGCUGAUGGGCAUUACUAUAUACAGCAGCCUGGCCCACAAGCUUCUCUUGCAAACAACUAUGGAAAUGGGAACAUUGCAGGAAGCAUGAAACAUUUAGGAGGAACUCAUUUAGAUUCAUCACAGCCCAAGAGUGCUCAAAUAGUUUUUAGCUACGAUAACGUUAUGGAAAUGACUAAUGGAUUUUCUAGUCAAAACGUUGUUGGAGAAGGAGGAUUUGGGUGUGUUUACAAGGGUUGGCUUCCUGAUGGAAAAGAAGUUGCAGUCAAGCAACUUAAGGCUGGCAGUGGACAAGGAGAUAGGGAAUUCAGGGCUGAAGUGGAGAUAAUCAGUCGUGUUCAUCAUCGAUAUUUGGUAUCAUUAGUUGGUUAUUGCAUAUCUGAGCAGCAAAGAGUGCUUAUCUACGAGUAUAUUCCUAAUGGGACACUCCAUCAUCACUUGCAUGAAAGUGGACUGCCAGUGUUGGAUUGGGACAAGAGGCUGAAGAUAGCAAUUGGCGCUGCAAAGGGCCUGGCAUAUCUGCAUGAGGACUGCAGCCAAAAGAUUAUUCACAGAGAUAUUAAGUCCGCAAACAUACUUUUGGAUGAUGCUUAUGAGGCAAAGGUUGCAGAUUUUGGACUUGCGAGGCUAGCCGAUGCUGCCAAUACCCAUGUAUCAACUCGGGUUAUGGGAACAUUUGGGUACAUGGCUCCAGAGUAUGCAACAAGUGGAAAAUUGACGGAUAGAUCAGAUGUUUUCUCAUUUGGGGUUGUCCUCCUUGAGCUUAUAACUGGAAGAAAACCUGUUGAUCAAACUCAGCCUUUGGGAGAUGAGAGUUUGGUUGAGUGGUCUCGUCCACUUCUCCUUCGUGCAAUUGAGACACGUGAAUUUGGGGAACUAAUAGACCCAAGACUUGAAAAUCACUUUGUGGAGAGUGAAAUGUUCAGAAUGAUUGAAGCAGCUGCAGCUUGUGUUCGCCAUUCAGCUCCUAGACGGCCUCGUAUGGUUCAGGUGGUAAGAGCCUUAGAUAGUGGAGAUGAAAUAUCUGAUCUAUCUAAUGGGGUGAAAUUUGGUCAGAGCACUAUUUAUGAUUCUGGCCAGUAUGAUAAAGACAUUAUGCUAUUCAGGAGGAUGGCCAAUGGCAGCUUUGUUAGUUCUGAAUUUGAUAUGCACAGUACAGAAUACAGUUUUUCAAGACAGACGCCUGAAUCCCAACAUUCAGAAUCUAGAGCUUUCAACAAGCAUAGGAGCAGUACUGAAUGA